AAUAGCAUCUGGACGUCAUAGGCUUCUACUAGCAUCACCUUCCAGGACCCGGGUUGGGGUCCUGAGGGCCGCGGAGUCCCUGGGCCGGCGUCCAGGCCGGGUUGGGCUGCUUGCUGCUUCGUGUGUGCAGCGGCGGCAGCAGGGAGUCGCCAGGUCUGCGGUCAGAGACGUCCCGGUGCCGGGCACUGGCGGCCGGUAUUAAACAGGCGCUAUGUUAUUCUCGCUGCGGGAACUGGUGCAGUGGCUGGGCUUCGCCACCUUUGAGAUAUUCGUGCACUUGCUGGCCCUGUUGGUGUUCUCCGUGUUGUUGGCACUGCGAGUGGAUGGCCUGGCUCCGGGCCUCUCCUGGUGGAACGUCUUUGUGCCUUUUUUCGCUGCCGACGGGCUCAGUACCUACUUCACCACCAUCGUUUCCGUUCGUCUCUUCCAAGAUGGGGAGAAGCGACUGGCUGUACUGCGCCUCUUCUGGGUUCUCACCGUCCUAAGCCUCAAGUUUGUCUUUGAGAUGCUGCUGUGCCAGAAGCUAGUGGAGCAGACUCGGGAACUCUGGUUCGGCCUGAUUACCUCUCCGGUCUUCAUUCUCCUGCAGCUUCUCAUGAUCCGGGCUUGUCGGGUCAACUAGCCUCCUGCAGAGGCUGUUAAUGGAGCACUGUGCAGCUGGAGUUCUGGACAUCCCAGUCCAGACCCUGGUGCCACACUGGUGGAGCUUUGGUCAGAAAUCAGUGUCUGCUUGUGCCCAGUUUACUAUCCAGUAUUCUUUAUAUCUAAGAUGGUUUCCUCGAGCAAAACUUAAAAGUGAAGCCUCGUUUAUUAAAACUUAUUUCCAGUU